AUGUCCCAGGGAUCUGCGAUGAGUCCGACUGGGCGGAGAAAGGGAGUACGAAAAGGAACCCACAGUUGCAGAGAAUGCCGGCGCCGCAAAGUACGCUGUCGAUUUGCGAAGCCAGAUGACAUCGUCUGCGUUACCUGUACCGCCAGGGGAACCUCCUGCUAUAGUCAGGACUCCAUCAGCCCCACAACUUCUCGCCCGCCCCAGAAACAGCAGCAGGAUGGCGAGGUCAUGGAUCGACUUCAAAGACUAGAGGCAGCUAUGGAGAGCCUGAUUGGGGAAAUUCGGCAGUCCAGGGAAACGAGCGGAAUGCAUUCUACCCCAACAAUCGAGUUUACAAACGAUUUGCCGAUGUCUUAUAAGUCUCCAGCUACCAAUGACAUUUUAGUUGGCAGGACAGUGGAAGAAACGCCCACGGCAGCCAUUUUCAGUAUCCGCGACAUGCUAGAUGAGCACUCUAGGGGCUCCUCGGCUUCCCACCAAAAAUUGAAUAUCAACAAACCUACAGCUAGCUUUCAAGACCGGAGACACAGAGAUGUUUGCAAAUUAUUGUUCAAUCUUUUCCCAUCCCAACAGGUCAUGAGCGAUCUGGUGUCAGCAAGUCCCGGAUCGAACUUUGUCUCAACCUUUUUCUACUCUCAGCAUGAAAUCUUGCAGGGGAAUUUUCAGAAACCAACGGAUCUUGCUAUACGACCCUCGGAAGACAGCCACCCUGUAGUUCUCGCUAAGCACCUCUUCAAACUCAUGAUCUGCGUUCAGCACCUCCAGCCCGAUUGCAGUUCUUUCACCCGCGAAACUCAAGAGUCCCUCAAAAAGUCUGCUGUGGAUGUGGUUUCCAGAGUAUCGGAAGUUCUUCAUUCUACGGAUGAUAUCUGUGUUUCACUCCAGGGUUUGGAGUGUCUUCUGCUUUUGGCGAUCUUUCAACUCAAUGCUGGCAAUCUGCGACGUAGCUGGCUGACGGUUCGUCGAGCUCUGAACAUAUCCCAGAUCCUCGGUUUGGAUAAUGGGAAGAUUGCACGCCUCCAAAAAUUCGAUAAAAGGUUGUCGCCAGGUGCUAAUAGCUCCUCUGAAUGGAUAUGGCACCGCGUGACAUUCUUUGAUCGCUAUCUGUCACUCCUCUUUGGUCUGCCGCCGGGAACUAAAGAUGACCCCUUUACAAACCUUUCAGACUCAGAAACUUAUACGCCCAUGGAUACUCUCGAAAGAAACUACACUGUUCUUACUGGGCUCAUUAUUGAGAGAAAUUCAAUAAAGAGUAGUAACGAAGCAUUCGCAUCUACACAACUCAUCGACUGCAAAUUGGAUUCCGUAGCUGAGGAGAUGGGGACUGAGUGGUGGGAGCCAACUCACCCACACAUGGUUGGCUCAUUCUUUGAAAAGAUCAGCAGAAUUUCUAAGACCUUGCUGCAAAUCCACCACUACACACUGAAGGUCUUUCUGCAUUUACCACACUUAUUCCAGCGCGAACCUGGUCUCCGAUCUCACAACCCUCGCUUUAGAUAUAGCCGGGACAUUUGCGCAACAGCCAGUCGCUCGAUUUUGCGAUUAUUUAUGCCAUAUCGCAAUCUCAAUUCAUCAGCGUCUGCCUGUCGGCAUGUUGACCACAGCGCUCUAAUUGGAGCCAUGACCUUGCUGAUGGCAUAUCUAGCGGACGAACCGCCCCACAUCGAGGAAGGUCAUACGCCAACGACCCAGCGGCAAGAGGAUAGUCGUCUUUUGGAGAGUGUUCAGGCUCGAUUCCAAGUCCUCGCAAGAGAGAAUGAAGAUGCUAUCUGCCACGAAACAUCGGACGUUAUUAGUCGAUUAAUGCCUAUCGUUACUUGGACUGAAAGGAGCGGAUUCGAAGGGCAUGGAGAUCAGAUCCCGCAAACCACUCCACCUAUAAAACUUGAUGUGCCUUAUAUCGGAGUCAUUACCAUUAAACCGUGGGUUCUUGAUGCGACUAGGAUAAAUAUUGAACGACCGGUGUCCUCAAGCAUACAGGGAUGGGUUCCUGACCUAAAUGUCACACGUGAUGAAAAUGAGUCACAAGUGGCACAUUAUUUCUCCACUGAGGAGAUAUCUGCUUUCCAGGAUGUUCCGACUACUUCGACUUCGAGUUCUACAAUGGUCUCCCUGAACGACGAUCCCACUGAAUCGUCGAUGUUCCCGAACGUCGCUGCGGAUAUGAUGGAGUGGUCGUUACAGGGGAUUGAUACGAACUUUUGGAAUUUAGUUCAAGAGGGGAUCGAGCCUGAGGUUUUACUUUGA